ACACAAGUAAUUUUAGAUGCCUAGGUUGACAUUUAUUUCGUGAAAAGCAUAAUUUCUGUCUCAUUUAUCUCUUCACUGAACACUCAUAUUUUGGAAACUUUUCCAAGAGAAGUCUUCUUCCUUUUGAUGGACAAAGAUGUGACAAGAAUCUAAAUUUCUGUACAUCUGACAACAUGGGAGCCAACAGCAGCAGUUUUAACGAGUUGUCCAGUAACGAAUAUCUGAAAAAAUUAUCUUCACCAGAGCCUAUAAACCCAAUAGAUCCAUAUUGGAACCAGCUCCUGUCCUUCUCUUUCCUCAUCCCAAUCAACAGUUCUGAUGGCAAGCUUCUGGAGGAGGCCACGGCCAGUAUAUGUAAAGGUGUGGCCAUUCACAACUGUAAGAGUGGCAACUUCGGGGCCCUGAUCCGUAAUUUCCUGGUGAGAGCCACGGAACUCAAGGCUUCCGUACAGUGUGAAGAUAACAUCUUUACCUGGCAGACCUACAAUGCCCUGUUUAUCAUCAGGUCCCUCAGUAAAUAUUUUGUGGAACACCUGAGUGAGGAACUCAUUUUACAGCAGUUUGAAGCCAAGCCAAAGGAAAUGGGAGGAUACAAAGAUCCAGAAGAAAUGGGUCCAUUACUAGAGGAACUGAUGAACUCCCUAGUGGAAAUGCUAGUGGAUGUCCCCGUCAUGAACUUUACCUAUGCCCUCCAUCUAGAAGCCCUGAACACACUGUUGGUUCUGUUGUCAAUACAGAUGUUUCAGCCUCAACCUGCCCAUAAGUUCAGAGUCUACCAGGUCAUGAUGCAAGGAAGAUGUUCCAUUCAUGCCUGUGUACUUGUGAAGGCCCUGCUGAGGAAUUUCUCUAACCAAGAGAAAUGUCCCCCAGAACUGUAUAGACAAUCAUCUGAUGUCAACAGUAUGGUGGCCAAUGUGGCAGCUAGUUUAUGGUCAGUCAUGACUUUGGGCAUGGGAACUAAAACAGAGAAAAAGGAAGAGGAGUUCCAGGAGACAUUAUUAGCCAAUCAGAGCCUGUUAUUCCUGUUGGUGCUGACUAACCACUGUACCAGUGAGAGAGGAGUGAGCAAUCCUUAUAGAGAAGCACUGUUUGCUUUUACAAAUGUUAAUGAAGAGCCCUCUGUGAGUCAGGUGGCAGCCACAUUUAAGAUGGACUACAGUGUUUUAUAUGAAGCCCUGUGUUCUACAUUAAGAGACGAUCAAACCACUCUGUUACUAUAUCUACUGAUUCACAGGAACGCCGGAGUCAAGGCUUUUAUAUUCUCUAGAACAAAUAUAGAUAAUCUUGUGAUGCCCUUGUUGAAGAUUCUCUACAAUGCCCAGGACAGAAAUUCUCACCACAUCUACAUGGCCUUAAUUAUCCUCCUUAUACUUAGUGAGGAUGAUGUGUUCAACAAGGCUAUUCACGAAAUAACCCUGAAGAACAUCCCUUGGUUUAAGGAGAGACCAAUCUCAGAAAUCUCCCUGGGGGGUCUACUGAUUCUAGUCGUGAUUCGUACCAUACAGUACAACAUAACAAGAAUGAGGGACAAAUAUCUGCACACAAACUGCCUGGCAGCCCUAGCUAACAUGUCGUCACAGUUCACCAACCUCCACCCCUACGUCGCCCAGAGGAUGGUCAGUUUAUUCUCACAGCUGAGUAAAAAGCACGCUAGAGUGGUGGAACACAUACGAGAUUCUGCCGUCACAGAAACGGAGCAAGACGAGGCCUCGGAGCAAAACGCAAUGCAGGAUUUAGCGGUCCUCGAGGAGGUAUUGAGGAUGGUCCUGGAGAUCAUUAACUCCUGCCUCUGCUCCUCACUCCAUCACAACCCUCACCUGGUCUACUCCCUGCUGUACCAGAGGGAGCUGUUCAACUCUUUCAAGACACACCCCACCUUCCAGGACAUCCUACAGAAUAUAGAUAUUGUAUUGUCCUACUUCUCAGCCCGUGUAGAGGAGCACAAGAAAGGAGGAAGCAUGUCCCCGACAGAGGUUCUGGAAAUCAUCAAGGAGGGCUCAGUACAGUUCAGGAGGGACAAACUCAAGAAAUUCCCUGAUCUGAAGUUUAAGUACGUUGAGGAGGAAUCACCAGAGGAAUUUUUUAUCCCCUAUGUUUGGUCCCUGGUGUAUCACUCCUCCAACAUGUACUUCAAUGCCUCACGGAUCUUACUGUUCUCCCUCUCAGCGUCCUGAUGAACUGAACCAAUGUAUGAACUGAAUCAGUGUAUGAACUGAACCAGUGAAAGUAUGAACAGAACAAAAAGAAUCGAUCAUCUGAAAUAAUGAGCCAGAAAUAUGAGCUGAAACUGUGAAAAAUAAUUGAUCAUCUGAAAAUUUGAUGAAACAUAAUGAGUCAGAAAUAUGAACCUGUGAACCACAGAGAAUGUGAACAGAACAAAAGAGAAGUGUUCUUGUACUAUCUUGAACCAGUCAUGAUCUUGUACUGUUUUGAACUAGUCAUGAAAUAUGCUGUUUUCAUGUUCAUAGUUUUUAAACCAGUCACUUUUUUCAUGUUCAUGGUUAGAGAAUCAAUCAAGAAAUGAACUAAAUAUGAACAGAUGUGUUCUGCUGUAAGUAUGAACAUGAACAGAUCCAAAGAAAUGGCUUGAUCUGUGUUGAGCAAUAUUUAUACCCCCGCUCCGAAGGAGAGGGGGGUAUACUGUUUUACCCUUGUGUGUCUGUCCGUCUGUCUGUCCGUCCGUCUGUCUGUCUAGCUGUGUGUCUGUCCGAAACAAAUUUUCGUCGCAGUUUUCUCAGCAACUACUCACCGUAGAUGCUUGAAAUUUUAACAUAAUCUUCUCUGAGGCAUGCUAUAUGGUGGGAUACAUUUUUGCUUAAAUCCGAUAUCAACUUCCUGUUUGUCUGUGCGUCUGUCCGUUUCAUACAUCACAAAUUUUCGUCGCAGUUUUCUCAGCAACUACUCAUCCUAGAUGCUUGAAAUUUUAACACAAUCUUCUCUGAGACAUGCCAUAUGGUGGGAUACAUUUUCGCACAAAUCUGAUGUCGACUUCCUGUUUGUCUGUGCAUCUGUCCCUUUCAUACAUAACAAAUUUUCGUCGCAGUUUACUCAGCAACUUCUCAUUGUAGAUGCUUGAAAUUUUAACACAAUCUUCUCUGAGGCAUGCCAUAUGGUGGGAUACAUUUUCAUUCAAAUCCGAUGUCAACUUCCUGUUUGUCUGUGCAUCUGUCUGUUUCAUACAUGACAAAUUUUUGUCGCAGUUUUCUCUGCAACUACUCAUUGUAGAUGCUUGAAAUUUUAACACAAUCGUCUCUGAGGCAUGCGAUGCUUCAAAUUUUAUUACUCUCUUUGUUUAGGCAUGCCAUAUGGUGGAUUAAUUUUGAUAUGAAUCUGAUGUCAACUUCAUAUUUUUCUGUGCAUCUGCCUGUAACUGAACUUGUGUAUAUUAACAUGAUA